ACCGUCCCGGAAAUGUGCAGGAUCCGAGCGUGUGCAUGCGUUACCUUGCAUCCAAGAUUUUUGUGACAAGUGGGUGGAAAACGUGGCCCCCUGUUCUGCCUUCUGUUUGGUGACAAUGGGAGAGACAAGGCAGGGGGAUGGAGAGAAGGGGCUGGACAGACGCACCAGUCUAAGAGGACGGGUCAGCAGCUCAGGGCCUCCGCGGGGCAGGGCUGUGUGGGUUGCGGAGCUACGGAGGGCUGCUGCGCAGGAGCUGCCACCCUGCUUCCCCGCGCGUGGCCAGCCCUCUGUGCUGACGCUGGACAGCAUGUUCCUGAAGGUGCCGCUGUUUCUAGGGCUCAUUGUGCUGGGCACUCAUGUCUGGACCAUUCAAAAGGAAUUUGUAAACAUUUAUAAGAAGCACGAUUAUUUUGUGGCAUCUGUGGAGUUUGCCGUGGCUCGGUUCAAUGACGACAAUAUGGAAAUGAAUGCAUACAGGCUGCUGGAGGUCCGGCGAGCGCAGCAAAAGAGGUGGACCAUGAUCUAUCUGAUGGACUUGGAGAUGGGCCGCACGACAUGUGAAAAACACGUUGAAGACAUUGACAACUGCCCCUUGCAAGAAGGCCCAGGAGAGAAAAAGAUGGGCUGCACUUUCAUUGUGGAUGCUCGACCCUGGUUUUCCCAGUUCACCCUCCUGAACAGCACCUGUGUCUAGGAAAGGCAGGCAAGGAGCCCCUGGCUUCUCAAGGCAGAAGUUCCUUUUCUGCUGGAGGGUGACAGUCAAAGGUCUGUGCAGCGGCAGGGGGAAUAAAGGCAUCUGAGAGCA